AUGUCUUUCCCGACCCAACCGGCAUUCGUCCACACCGGAACCUGGGACGACGAGACCAGAAAACAUCCGGCCAUGAAAUGGAUGGAAGACUACACGCUGAACUUCAACAAACGCGGAGGCUGGGAUCAAAAGAGGAACGACUGGCAUAGUGAGGACUUCACGCUCGUCAAGCCAGAUGGCUCGGUUCACACUGGACAUGAAAACGCAUUCGAGCAAUCCAAGUCCAUGUACGGUCUCUUCACCAGCGAGUUUCACGAGCCCUAUUUCCUAGUUUGCUGGGAGACUGGAACGGGAUGGGAGAUGCUGGGUCAGGCAUACUUCUACGCCAACUGUGUCGGGGAGUCUGCGGCGGGUGAAAAGAAGGUCAAGGACCUCCAGGGCCGGGAGUGGGACGUCAAGAUCCCCUCAGCUUUUCUUUUCAAAUAUCUGAAGAAGGAUGGAGCGGCUCAUGGAGGGAUUGAGCUGGGCAGGUGUGAGAUCAUGAGCGAUUCGCUGCCAGCUGUUCAGAUCUUGAUGCAGAGAGGGGUGAUUAAGCAGUAA